UGGGCAAACAGUUUCUGUGUUGAUGGGCUAUUUUCUGUCCUGAGACUCAGCAAAGUCCUUGCUGCGGGAGAUGCAUCGGUUUUGUUGUCUGUCUGUAAGAAGUUGGGCUCUGAAAUUGGACAAUGGUCUGACUUUUUUCUCCAAUUAUCUGGGUCAGAGGCUCUAAGUGGAUGCAUGGUGUCUCUGGUUAUUUUGUGUUGCUGCUAAACAACAUUUCAGAACACCGUCUGCUCAGAUCAGAGUUUUCAGGCCGGCAAGUAAAUCAGCACAAUGGACAAUCACCAGAAGAGGAAUCUAACUUUCCUGACCAUUGGAUUAAUAUUUAUGCUGAGCGGGAUAGAGUAUGCUGUCAUUCUGCCCACAAUAUGGAGGUAUCUGCAGAUUCUGGAGGCUCCGCCUUACUUCCUGGGUCUGGGUCUGUCAGCCUUCAGCCUGAGCGCGCUGCUCACAGGUCCACUGUUUGGAAUCUGGUCAGAUCGAAGCAAAGCAACCAAAUCCAUCAUCCUUUUCUCCAAUCUGUUUGAAAUCGCUGGUAACUUCAUGUAUUUUAUUGGCUAUUCAAAGUGGCUGCUGUUAUGCAGUCGUCUUGUGGCAGGUGUCGGUGCAGGAGCGGGCUCCUCCAUCUUUGGUUUCCUAACCCAGAGCACUUUGCCGGAAGAGCGUGCUGGCAUCUUUGCAGCUGUUAUGGCCUGUCGACAAGCUGGCCUUCUCGUUGGGCCGGCGUUCAACUUGUUCCUGCGGCUGUGUGAUUUCAAACUGGGGCCCUUUGUUGUGAACAAGUAUACGUCUCCUGGGAUCUUCAUGUGUCUGCUGUGGAUGUUGCUUCAGUUUGUCGUCCUGGCUGUGUACUGGGACAUACCACCCACAGGCCCGGAGGGGGAAUUCAUAGCGCUGGAGCUGAAACAAGAAGAGGAGAAAGAGGAGGAAGUGCCCCUGAUGGGGUCAGACGAGGAGGCGGUGCGCACCUACAGAGCCGUCGACUCUGACCAAUUGGAGACCUCUGCCUCAUCCGUAACACAGACCACCCGAGAAGACUCAAACCCCUUUAAAAACUUCGGCGUCAGUAGAGAAUUCCUGAGAGAAGAAGUGGUUGUUCUCCUUACGGCUCAGUUCAUCACUCUGUUCAACCAGACAGCGCUGGAGACCAUGGUGACCCCGCUGACGCAGCGCUACUUCAGCUUCGGCGAGCUGGGCAACAGCCUGAUGUACAGCCUGUGUGGGGUGGAGGUCAUCGCGGGCUUCUUCUUCGUGCGCUGGCUGAGCAGCAAGGUUGCGGACCGUGUGGUGCUGGCAGUGGGCCUGGUCAUCUGCUGCACCGCCUGUAUCUGGUGCCUCAUUUUCCUCUGCAAGCCCCGAGGUGCAUAUGAAUGGCAGCUCUCAGCCUUCAUCGUCGGAGUUUUUCUGCAGCUCCUGGGGCUUCCCUUCGUAGCCGUGUCCCAGGUGUCUCUCUUCUCCAAAGUCACUGCAGAAAAAACUCAAGGGUUCAGCCAAGGUGUUCGACGCUCCGUUGGAGGCCUGGCUACCAUCUUGGGUCCUUUGUGGGCUGGAGGGUUGACCAAUCAUUUGUACAUAAUGCUGGGCAUGAUGCUGGCUCUGCUCGUCAUGAUCACAGUUAUGACGGUGCUGUCCUACGAGCGGCUGGUCGAGCCGAGGGUGGUGCAGUGUGCCCAGGGCUCUGACAGCGGAGGGUAGGGCUGCGGCAUGAAUGACGAGCAGGAGAGGGCCAAGGCGGGCCAAGGGGAUGCCCUUCACUUCAGAGAGAAUAAAUCCAAGUUUCUUGAAGAGGAAAGUGUAUGAGUGUGGAAUAAAAAUGAUCAAGCCUCAUAUUUCCAAGCUUUGCAUGCUGCCUCUGCUAUCAGCCUGUAGUUACAUGAACCACAAACUCACAUUACUAUCAGCCUAUUAAUUACAUUUUACACAAGGGGGCACCAUUGCUCUCACGUUGAAUACCUAGAGGCUUAAUUGUAGAUGAAAGCUAUUAUUUUUAAGCUGCACUAUUUAUAUUCCCAGGUUUUGGUUUAAAAAAAAAAAAGCCUUCUUUUUUUUUUCUUUUCUGUGCGACCCAUGUAUCGAAAUGCGGUUUAUUCUUCCCCUGUGAAGAGGAAAGCUCUCUCUGAAAAUGAAACGGCUGACACAAUGAGUGCAGACGUGGAGUUGUCAACUUCUUAGCAGCCUCAUGUCAAAAAAGCUGACAGAAGAAGAGGGCCAAAGAGAGCGAUUCUUCACACAUUUAUCCGUACCUUCCUUUCUCUAAAAGAGAAGAACGACGCACAAACUGCUCGGUUGUAAUUAAACCACCUUGUUUGCCCAAUUCUUUCUUGAAACCCAUGAAGUAAAACCAGAUUCACAAAAAAAAAUUCAACAAAAAUACUUUCUAAAUUGCCAACCCUAUUUUUUAACUAAAGGGAGCGAUUAAAAUUUUAAUAGCAUGCAUCCAUAAUUUAGAAUUUGACAAGGUGUGAGUAGUGUACAGUCAGCUGUUCUUGCCUGUAUUCUCCUCUAGGAUGUGCUGCGUGCUACACAUCAGCAGAUGAGAGAGGAACGCUGUAAGCAACAUCAAGGCAUUGUCGAUUCUCUUUGUAGAAAUGAGCGCGGCUUUGGCCGGUCCCUGUGUUUUUGCAUAAUUGCAGAUAAGGCUCAGUAACCUUUCCAGUUUUCCGCGCUCAGCAUGUGAUGUUUGCCUUUCUAGAGGCUUUCUGCCCGAAAUGGAAAUUCUAAUCUCUACGACUCAAGGACAUAAUAUAUAUAAGUACUUUUAUGCCCUGAUCAGCGUAUUGAGGUGCUUGACAUUUUGAGGGAGAUAACAGAGUGCAGGGAUUCAGGUCAGACCGGAAUCCGCUCACUUUGAACAGUAGCUCUGUCUUGCUGGAUGAAUCUCUUCUUUUAUGUUUCCCGCUAACUAAAACACACAGUUUUGAAGCGAACCCGAAUUUUAAUCUGCGGGGAUUUAUUUUUUCAUCUGGGUUGUUUAUGGCAAAACAAGCAGG